AUGGACGAUAUCGAUAAUUAUGAAACUGUAAAAUUGUGCUAUACGGUUCAUCGAUACUCCAGCUACAGCAGUAAUUAUAUACCUGAAAAUAUUAUGGUAAAUAACCCUACUGACCAGCUGUCGAGAUGGUUUACUGAUAGCAACUCGCCAUCUCAGUAUAUAAUGCUGAAAUUAAAGAGUCCAUCUAUUGUGGAGUCAAUUAAAUUUGGCAAGUACAUAAAAGCACAUGUGAGUGACCUGAAGAAAUUUCAAAUAUAUGGUGGAGCAGACGAAAACAAUUUAUCGUUAUUACUAACAGCUGGCCUCAAAAAGGACAGCACGUCAGAAAUAUUUCGGCUGCGGUGUCGAACGGCCGAGGGAUUGUUUCUCCCCAUACAAUACAUAAAGAUAGUUCCGCUACAAUCGUGGGGCCCUGCGUACAACUACACCAUUUGGUACGUUGAACUGAAUGGCAAGAACCAAGAACAAUUGAUUAAUAAUGCUAUGGAAACAAUAAAUUUGAGGAAAGAAGAAGAAGCUGUACGUCUGUUGCUAAAACAUUUACGGCGGCGACGGUAUAAGGACGCUUUUGAAGCAUUAUCGCGUGAAAGCGGGGUACAACUCGAAGGGCCGAUGCAGUCCAAACUAUGGAACGCUCUCGUUGAGAAGGGUGAUUUCAAACUAGCAGAACAGAUAUUCGAUGAGGCAGUCGCUGAGGGUGAACUAGACUGGUACCUAAGUUGGCAGCCGUACAGUCCCCAAUGGCGCGAGAUGUCGGCGUGUUCCACGCAGGUGGAGGACAGGCUGUGGAGCGGCGAGGCCCCGCCGCCGCCGCCCGCCCGCCAGCACGACCUGCUCUGUGCCGACAGGGACCCCCGCCCUGACACCGCGGAAGCGCCAGUAAACGGUGCAGAUAUUGGUGAGGGGUGCGAGAGUGCAAACUCCUGGCACGUGAUCUUCAACAGGCCCGGGCCUCGGGGCGGACAUCAACUCGUCGUGGACUCUACGACUGGUACCCUAUAUCUCUUCGGAGGCUGGAACGGAAAUGAGGAUUUAGAUGAUCUCUGGUCAUUCUGCACGACCAGCGAACGCUGGACUCUGCUGUGUAGGCACAGCGCAGAAGUCGGUGGUCCAUCUCCCCGGUCAUGUCACAAAAUGGUCUUUGACCCCGUCCACCGACGCCUCUUCACUCUUGGCAGAUACCUGGACAAUGCUCAGCGUAUUCCGCCGAACAUGAAUAGCGACCUGUACGUGUACGACGUGGCGUCGGGGUCGUGGUCGCUGGUAUGCGCGGACACGGCGGCGGUGGGCGGCCCGCGCCUCGUCUUCGACCACCAGAUGUGUCUCGACGCCGACACACAGACCAUCUAUGUCUUUGGGGGCAGGGUACUGCCGGUUAACACCGGAGAGGUGGUAAGUCCGCAGUACUCCGGCCUGUACGCAUAUUAUAUUGCGACCAACACGUGGCAGCUAGUGCUGAGUGACAGGCACGACCUCGACGCGCCACAAGCACGCGUCUCGCACUCUAUGCUGUUCCAUCCGGUGCAGCGUCGCCUGUACAUGUUCGCGGGGCAGCGCAACAAGCAGCAGCUGGUGGACCUGUGGUGGUGGGAGCUGGGCUCGGGCCGCUGCGGCGCGCUGUGCCAGGGCACCGCCCCGCCGCCCCCGCCGCACGCCGGCUUCACGCAGCGGGCCACGCUCGACCCCGACACGGACGAACUCUUCGUGCUCUCUGGCAUGAGCAAGGAGAAAGAUAAGCGCGUGUAUAACAGUCUGUGGGUGUUCUCCCUGCGGCAACUGACGUGGUCCUGUGUGUACAGGAACGAUAGCGUCGCGCCUAAUGAACCGAAGCCACGGUUCGCACAUCAACUUGUCUAUGAUCCUGUUAAGAAGAUCCACUACUUAUUCGGCGGCAACCCCGGUCACCAGCGCAGUCCGCGCGUCCGCCUGGACGACCUGUGGGCGCUGCGCCUGACGCGGCCGUCGCUGGGCGCCGUGCUGCAGUCGGCGCGCGCCGCGCUGCGCGAGGCCCACUACCAGGCGCUGGCCGCGCGGGCCGUCGCCGGCCGCGGGGACGCCGUCGCCGCGCUGCACUACCUCAGGAACGACCUGCACGACGCGCUCGAUCAUAAUAAUAAAGAACAGGUGGCUCGGUUCCAGAAGUUGGCGACAGUAUUGUUCGCGGGUCCGUCCCCGGUGGAGCCGGGCACGGCGCCCCUGACCCCGCGCCACACUCGCUCGCUCGCUCGCCGCCGCCGCGCCAUGCCGGCAGCGAAUGAUAUCGCUUUUUCUCUGGCUCAGGUCUUAGGCGCGGAUGAACCGUACUCAGAACCCACGCAGCCAUUCGAAGAGUUAAACGAACCUGCACCAGACACAUGGGACGUUGGUCAAGAUGACGAGCUUCCCCCUGAACAAGAAGAAACCGACGAGUGGAAUGCGCGGGCGCAGCGCAUGAAACUCUAUGAUUGGUUGUGUAGGUUCUUCAGGCCAUCGACCGUGCCGCCUAAAGGGGAUGUCACAGAUAUGGUUAUACUGUAA